AAAAAAAAAAGAAUGGAUUUUUCCUUGCAGCCACUGUUCCUAGCAAUAAUGUCCCUGCUGAUGAUAUCUUCAUUGACCAGGUCCUCAGAAGGCGCUGGAAUCGCGACCUACUGGGGCCAAAAUGGUAAUGAAGGAAGCCUGGAAGAGGCCUGCCUUAGUGGCAACUAUGACUAUGUAAAUAUUGCCUUUCUGGUAUCCUUUGGCAGUGGCCAAACACCGGAACUGAACUUAGCUGGCCACUGUAUUCCGAGCCCAUGCACCUUCCUGAGUUCUCAGAUACAGGUUUGCCAGAGCCUAGGCAUCAAAGUGCUCCUUUCUCUUGGUGGAGGUGCUGCCGGGACAGGAAGAGGACCAAUCCUGGCUUCUCCCGAGGAUGCUCGCGAUGUUGCAGCCUACCUCUGGGACAAUUAUUUGGGUGGUCAAUCAUCCUCUCGUCCACUUGGUGAUGCUAUUUUGGAUGGUAUAGACUUUGAUAUCGAACUUGGAUCGAACUUGUAUUGGGAUGAUCUCGCCCGGGCACUCUCGGGAUACAGCACAGCAGAGAGAAAGGUGUACCUAUCUGCAGCACCACAAUGUCCCAUUCCUGACUAUUAUCUUGACACUGCUAUCAAAACUGGCCUCUUUGACUACGUGUGGGUGCAAUUUUACAACAAUCCUCCUUGUCAGUAUACAUCAGGCGAUCCCAGUAAACUCUUUGCCAGUUGGGAUCAAUGGGCUUCAUAUACAGGCGUUAAUACAUUAUUCCUGGGAUUACCUGCAGCCCCCGAGGCCGCACCUAGUGGCGGUUACAUCCUACCCCAAGAGCUAAUUGAUGUGGUUCUUCCCUAUGUCGAGAGCUAUUCGAAGUAUGGAGGGGUCAUGCUUUGGAGCAGAUACUAUGACAAAAACUACAGUUCAACAAUCAGGCCUUAUGUUAACAGUGAUCCUCUGACUUAUACAACCAAGUCCGUGAAAAAAUCUCAUGCUGUAGCAUGAGUUCCUCUCAUUAUCUGCCGCGAGAUGAAAUGUAGUCCUGGCUGCUUAUGCCAGAGAUCAAUCUACCAAUGAAUAAUGGGCUAUGAGUUCCCAAAUCGAUUAAAAUGUUAAUUAAAUUUCUUCCCGUUUUAAUCGUGCUCUCUCUCUCGAAUGAAGGGGUACAAGAUCUAGUUUGAAGAA